CUUCAGCAUGAAGAAACUCUCACAGAAUUCUGCAUUUUGGAACAAUAAUAAAGAGCCAAGGUUGAUGUAACUGCUUGCUGCAACUGGAACAGUUUUCUAUUAGGCUUAUAAAAGGGGGAGCAACGAAACAUCAACAGUCCACCUGCAUCCUUUGUCGCUCAACUGAUUUUUGUUGUUGUCUUCAUAGUGUUCAAACCGAGCAUGGCCAAAUUAAUGUCAGCAUUGGAAGCGUCGUCCUACCAGCAUCCAAACCUAAAUGGGCCAUUUGGCGUGCUUCGUAAGGAAACAGUCCAAACCAUGGUGGAAAGGGGUUUGGAAUAUUCUUCAUUAGCUGAGCACCCGCUCUGCAUGGGUGGAAGAUCAGGACCCAUUUGGGCAUGUGUUUCCCGAUUUAUGGCGAGUCGUGUUAUUGGUCCCCUAACAAAUAGGAUGACAAUGAAGAUCAAACGAGUGGCCAAAUACCCCGACUUAUUUAUCACAGGGGUUCGCAUUGCAGAGGUCGAAGCAAGCAGAAUCCUGGUUAAGUACGCUACUUGUUCUGUGGUACAGAAGGCCUUGAUUUCUGAAAACGAAGACUGGAUUGUGUUCUUUGACCACAAGAGAGGGGGGAAACCCAGUCUCAUAGAAGAAGGUGGUGAAUAUGGUGAUAUGUAUGUUGCUUUAAAAAAGCGCGCGGCAGAGUCCUCCCAUACCUUAAAGACGUGGGAGGAGAAGCAAAACGCAGGUAACAAGGGCGCAAAGCUUUGAG